AUGCGACACAUCUACACUAUCACAGCCGCUCUUUUGCAGCUGACUGGACGCGGCGACGCCCAGAGCUCGUGCACCGUGAGCCUACAGCCAUCGUCGACGCCGGUGGCCGCGGACGGAUACAGCGUGCGGGUGAUCGGACAGGGGCUACGACGGCCGCGGUCACUGCUGUUCGACUCGGCGGGCAACCUGCUGGUGGUGCAGUCAUCGACGCAGAUAUCCAACCUCCGUCUCAACGACCACGGCGGCACGUGCCUGGAGGUCGGCGACAGUGUCAGCGUGAUCGACCACCCGGUCACGUCGGGACUGAAUCACGGCAUCGCGCUGUCGCCGGAUGGACGGCGACUGUACGCGUCGGAUCGCAGCCGCGUCUACGCCUGGGACUACGAUGCCGCCGGACGACGUGUGCGGUCCAACGAACCGGAGGUUGUGGUGCGUGGGCUGGGCAACCCGGGCCACUCGACGCGGACGCUGCACUACUCGGCGGAUGGAGGCGGAUAUCUGGUGGUGGUGCGCGGCAGCGCGGGCAACGUGGACCUGGAGUGCGGCGACGAGGCGACGGGACACUGCCAGAUGAAGGCUUUCAGCAUGCAGAACGUGCCGAUGGGCGGCUACGAGUUCACGCGCGAUGGCAUCCGGCUGGGCUGGGGCCUGCGCAACUCGGUGGGUAUCGCAGAGCAUCCAGGCUCGCAUGGCAUCUGGACGGUGGAAAACACGAUCGACAAUAUCCGGCGCGACGGGCGCGACAUCCACGCAGACAACCCGGGCGAGGAGCUGAACUUCCACGGGCGCAUCAACGAUACGCGCGGGCUCAAUUAUGGGUAUCCGUUCUGCAGCGCGGCGUGGGAGGUGCGUGAUAUCCCCAACAACGACGGCCUGCGGGUGGGCAGCGAGUUUGCGCACGAUAUUGGGAGAGACAGCAAGACGGACGAGUUCUGCGCGCGGGCAGAGGCGCCGCGGCUGACGUUUGGGCCGCACACAGCGCCACUGGACAUCAAGUUCAACGGCACGGACGAGGCGUUUGUGUCGUUCCACGGCAGCUGGAACCGCGACGUGCCCAUCGGCUACCGUAUCGCGCGCAUCCCAUUCCGCAACGGCGAGCCUGAGGCGACGCGCACGGACGCCCAGGCAGCCAUCAGCGUGGUGAGCAACGCGGACCUGGGGCGCUGUCCGGGCGCGUGCUUCCGACCAGUGGGCAUGGCGCUGGACGGUCAGGGGCGGCUGUUCUUCGUGUCGGACUCGACGGGCGAGUUGUACGUCGUACGGCGAGAGGCUGCCACGGCGCCGCCGCGGCCAUCGACGUCGCCAUCACCGCAGCCCUCCGGAGCCGCGUCGCUGCGUACGGGGCGGGCGGGCAGCAUGUCGGCGGCGCUGGCGCUGUGGCUGCUGGUCAGCCUAUAG